GCUGAAACAGGCAGUAGCGGCUAGUGAAUACUUGUUUGCGAUCCUGAUUUUGACAAUUUUCCUCGACGAACUCUUAUUCGAGGACUGUGAAUAAUGGUAUGGCAAUGCGAAUAGAUUGUCCAUUGCGACGUAGCCACCGUGUGGCACAGGCAGGCCCUGUGCUGCCAAUGGCUAUGCAGGACCGUGUGUCACCAGCAACAGACGACAGAGUACACUGCUGUGGUCGGCGGUUUUGGUUUGUUCGGGACAUCUGUGGCAUCAUCUGUGCUGUCAUGACAUGGCUGUUGGUGCUGUAUGCCCAGUAUGUCGUGGUAGGCGUUAUACUCUUGCCAUCACUCUACACCUACUAUGGCGCCUUUCACUUACUGCUCUUCGAGCUGCUGGCCUUUCUGGCUGUCUUCUCGCACGUACGCACCAUGGUAACAGACCCAGGUGCGGUGCCUCGGGGCACAGCCACGCGUGAGGCCGUGGAGCAACUGGGCCUGAGGGAGGGUCGGCUAGUUUACAAGUGUCCCAAGUGCAGCUGCCUCAAGCCCGAGCGGGCUCACCAUUGCAGCGUGUGCCAGCGGUGCAUCCGCAAGAUGGACCAUCAUUGCCCUUGGGUCAACAACUGCAUUGGCGAGAACAACCAGAAGUUCUUCGUCCUCUUCACUUUGUACAUAGCAGUGAUCUCCUGCCAUGCAUUUUUCCUGGCGGUCAACCAUUUUGUUGGGUGCAUCAACAGUGAGUGGAGCACCCGUGGGAUUCCUCAUGCUUCAACAGGAUGCUCAGCUGGCUCCCCAGCGGUCACGGUCAUCCUGCUCAUCUUGCUCAUCUUCGAGGCGCUGCUGUUUGCCAUUUUCACCCUGGUCAUGUUUGCGUCCCAGCUGCAAGCCAUUUGGAAUGAUGAGACGGGCAUAGAGCAGCUGAAGAAGGAAGUGGCCAGAUGGCAGAAACGCUCUCCAUGGCGGAGCAUGCGGGCUGUCUUUGGGCGCUUCUCUCUCUCCUGGUUCUCGCCCUUCACAUCUGCUGGAGAUGCACCUCUGCUUCCAGGUUACCUGUACGCUGUGUAGCACCAGUGCUGGAAGUGACGUGAAUGCAAACGUGGUGAACAUUGCACACCUCCUUAUGAACCCAGUGCUGCUAUUCAGGCUUAGGUCAUACCCAGUGUCUUGCAAGACAUGCAUCUAAGUCUUUUUGUGGAGGAAACUUGAUUCAGGACAACCAUCCAUUCCUUGUGAAAGCGCUUUAGUCCACUGAGGAACAAAAAUGUUGUGCGGGGAGAUACUGGGAGCCACACCAGGUGCCACUCAUAGGAAGCAUUAUUACAGUGGCACACCAUGAUGUGUUGGCUUGCCUUUUCACUUUGCCUGAGUGGUUGAAAUACUUGUGGUUAUGCGAAGGCUGAAGGAAGCUGGAAUACAAGUGUGCAUAUUAAGGUGAAUGAAAAGUGACAGAAAUCGUGUUUAUGUGCCCCCAACUAAUGUGGUACAUUAUUGGAGGUUUGCGUAUUUGUAAAUUAGUACAUGAACUGCUAGACUUGUAAACUGUGAAACAGUAACAUACUUGAUGUCAUUCGACGUUAGCCUUUUUACUGCAAGAUGUUUUAUCAUGUCAUCUGAUUGUCUGCUUCUUCCUUUAAGCCUGGGGUGGUAUUCGCAGAGAUCACUUUUGGGAAUACUGUCACUUUUAUGAGGUGUUGCGCUAGACGCGUUGGUGUCUAUGGGUGACAGUGUUCCUGGCACAAUCCCAAGUGUGCUGCCUUGGCACAGUGCCAAGAAUGCUGUUGUCUUUGUACGCUGGUGCAUCUGGUGCUAGUCACACGAAAUCUUAUGAAAGUGACCCCGUUAGGUUAGGUUAGGCUAGGUUACCACGCAAGUGAUCUCUGAGAAUACUGCCCCUGAACAGCUUAGAUUUUUAAGCAGUGGGUCUUAAAAUCAACUAAAGGCUGCAGUAGAAAUCCUUACGAGAUUUAAGAACAAAUUUUGUGGCAGUUUGAUAGUACUCAUGGUGUUGACUUAAGAUUACUUUUUUGAGAACUGCGCUGCUGCUGAACAGAAGAGCUUUUUUUCAUAUUCUUUGUGUCCCAUGUUUCAAAAGGUCAGAAUUAUUCAUGAAGCUCGUUCACAGAAGCCUGCUUUACGGAAAGCAGAAAUCAUGUUGCGUGAUCUGAAAUAUUCAUAGCGAUACAGUUGUGGUGUCAAAAUGAAGUGAAUAGAAGGAGCACACCUGCGUGGGGCUUGGGAACUUGGGUGUUUUAAACUUGUUCAUAGGCAACCAUUGAUAUCUGUUAGCUUGCUCGUUACCUUGUGCUGUGUUGAAUGUCUGUAUGAUAUUGUUUAUAUGGAAUAAUGCCACGAUAAAGCACUUUGCCAGUCUAAAGUAGUAGCAGCAUAAAAACGCACAAAGUGUCUUUGAAGGUCUGCUUUUUAACUUGACAAAAGUGCAAAUUAUUGAAAGCUAUUUUAUGUGAAUGUAAAGAAACACAUAUGACCAAGAAGAAUUCUUAAGGCUGUAGAACCUAGAUUUUGUAUACCUGUGCAUGUGUAAUGAUGCUCUGUGUUUGCGUAUUGACACAGUGUCAGAAUGCAUGAAAUCACAAAUGAAAUGGUGUACUUUGCAUGCCACUUGUACAGCAAAAUUGAUAGUUUGUCAUGGAUAUGACAUUAUCAGUUGUAUAAUGUGUGUAUGUGCUCUGCACCUUUACUGUGAAAAUUUUAUAGCAUCGUCGCACAAGAACACACUGUCGUACAUGUUGUUUGAAAAGUGCAUUAUUUAUUGCUCAAAAUCUGGUCACCACAUACAUAUGCAACACUAUCAGGGCACUAUACUCUUUUGGCUGUCAAGCUGAAUUUUUUUUUUUUUUUUGCUUGUGUAGGCAUCAGAAGACAUACCACCAUUCUGUUAUGGCAUUUGCACACACUUCUUCAAAGACCUGCCAAAUAUGCUUGUAAAUGCUUCCUUAAAAGCCAUUUAUAAAUUAGCUGAAGUUGUGUGGAACAUUUUUACGCGUUUGGAAAAAAAAAUGCAGCUAAGGUAGGGGUAAAUGUCUGAUCCAAACCCUAACCAUAGUGCUUUAUUGUAUUUGCAUGUUGCUAGCACAUCUAGCACCUGUUGUGAGUUAUAGUCAUUUUAAAUAUGUGAGACUGUGCUAGCUGCUGAAGACCAACAGAGCAGACAAACUUGAGAAUAGGCAUUUUUUUUUUUGCUUGCGGAGAAGUAUUUCCAUGUCACUGCUUGACAUUGCUUGUAUGGGCUUUUUGAUUCUUGUAGCCAUUCUUGCUCCUUUCACAUACUUUAGACUUGUGAUCCUGUGAUUGGUAUUGAAUGGGCACUCUUCUUCUUU